AUGUUGGAAUUGAGAGGAGGGAGUUGCUAUCCGAAGGCGUUGGUGGGAGUGAAUGUUGGUCUUGCCUGCGUUGAUGGGGUGAUUGCAGCUGUUGCUUUCUGUCAGUUGAUGAGGAUUCAUUCAAGGAACUCACAUCUUGGCUGGACGCGUCAAAAAGUGUUUCAUCUAAUGAUUGGAUCCUCUAAUUUGGGGUAUUUCUUUUAUUUUGUGUUAAGUCUUCUUGCUGCUUGCAAGGGUUGGCUUUGCUGGUCAAACUCCUGUGGUUUCAUUGUCAUGGCUUUCCCCAAAAUUCUGUUCGUUGCAGCAUUUCUUCUACUCUUGUCAUUCUGGGUUGACCUUUGCCAUCAGUCAAAUGAUGAUGAUGAUGAGGAUGAAGGAUAUAGUCCCGGAGAAUCCCUGCUGGAGAAGAGGAGAGCUGAUUCUAAUACCAAUGGUUGCAGAAGAUGUUUCUCCUUUCGGGCAAUCCGUACCGGAAGCAGGCAAAAAAUUGUGAUUUUGGUUACUGUGAUAUUUUUUGCAAUAAUGAUAGCAUGUGCUGUGCUAAUCUGGAUUGGCAUGGGACGGAAUAAGAUUGAUUCUGAAGUCAUUGCUCAGGUAUACGUAGAUCUUUUUGCCAUUGCAGUUCUUUUCCUGGGAGGAGCCUUGGCAUGCUAUGGGCUUAUAUUGUUCUUGAAAAUGAGAAAAGUGAGAUCUGAGCGUGCCUCAUCAGAAAUGUGGAAGGUCGCAGGUUUGGCCAUUGUAUCUGUUGUAUGUUUCACAUCAAGUGCUCUUGUUACUAUAUCUACAAAUAUACCUCUGAUUUAUCAUUGGCAUCAAGAAGAGAUAGACGGUGUUUAUACCUCUUUUCUACUGGUUCUAUAUUAUUUCAUAGGUUCAUCAGUGCCGUCAGCCUUCGUACUAUGGGUAAUGAGAGAGCUCCCACCUCCGCUUAUAACUAAUCAAGAGCAAGAAUCAAGAACAAUUACUUUCAUCAGAGACGAUUCAGUGACAGUACAUCCGCAGCGCUGGACUGCUGCAACAAGCAUGUCAAACCAGGUAUCAAGAGCAAGUCCCAUAUGA